GUUUAACUCUCGGAACGACGAUCGCUCUGCGGGGCGUAAAUUUUUCUAGUGUAAAUCUUUGCUACGUGGUCCCCCCUUACUCCAUCCUCAGGGUCUCGGAGUCACUUCAGACCUAAAAUCCCAUCACCCGGCCCUCCGCCCGAAGUAAAUCCAGACGUCGCCGAUACAGGUCGGGUAUGUUUUCCUUUGGGUUUGAAUUCGUUCUGAGGCUGGUCGGUUCUCUUGGCUUUUCCGCCUUCGGUCCAGGUAGACACCUUCAUUCGCGACAUUUUCCUGUUUAAAACCCUUUAGUACCUCCGCCCUCCCCCUCGCCCCUCCAUGUAACGUCCUCUUACGCGAGGUGGAUGCACGCCGCACGCCCCCCCCCAACCCCCAGCCUCACCCUCUCAGCCCCUGGAGGGCAGGCGGGUCGCCCCGCAGAGGUGUCUUCCUGGUCCUGGGAUUCUGGGGAGCCCGCCCGUCUCCUGAGACCCACUCCCUCCCUCUCAGCCCCUCUGCCCUCGCGUCUCCUCGGGUCUGUCCUUCUGCCCCACAGGCCUCCCUUUCGUAGUCAGCCCUUCCUCUCACCCUGCGUUGGGGGAGGUGACCUGGGCCAGCCUAGUGACACCCAUGGUUCUAUCAUCUCAAAUCCACCCGAUGGAAAAUGGUCUCUUGAGGUUGGCGGGCAUCUUAUUCAGUCUCCAUCCCUGUAAAUAUGUUGGCGAGGCGACCAGGAGAAGCAGAGACAGAGAGACUGAGAGAGAAAUAGAACAACUGAGGCAAAAGAAUGAGGGAGCAUCGUUAGGAACAUAGAGGAUGCUGAGCGACUUGUAAAUAGACUGUAAAAUAAAAGCGAUUAUGCCUUGAAAGGAGCAAGUGAAUGAACUAGAGAAGUAUAUAAAAAGCUGGAUGUCCAGAGUUUGACAUAGAGCAGCAUAGAGAGAGGGGCUCUGGAUUACCGGUAGCGGGCGGCUAACAGUGGUGAGGCCCUUCACACAGAGUCGGAGAGAGGAUAAAAUGUGGACCCAUGGCCUUCGUAGCAUUAUGGUGCUGGGAGAGUAUGAGGACAAGGGAUGAUAAGAAGAGCAGAAGAAGAGGGAGAGCUGGAAGGAAGCACAGCCACUUGCCAUGCCAGAGAGUGGGGAGGAAGGGAGAGUAACAGGGAUAGAAGGGGUGUAACCUGGAGGGCAGAGAGGGAGCACAGAAAAGGGAAGAAAGAGGCAGAAAUACAUAGAGAUUUAGGACAAUCAGGAAGGGUGGAGAGAGAGAACAUCAAGAGGGGGAACAGGUUGCAGAGUGGGGCAGGACAGGUGGGAGAAAAGAAAUAGAGAGGAGGGCAGGAACAGCAGGAGAGCGGAGGGGAAGAGAAAGAGAAAGAAAUAGGGAGACCCAGACAGAAUGAAAUGGAAGCACAUAGUAGUGCAAAUAGAAGGGGGGAAACUGGAUGCAGUCACAGUGUAUUCCUCAUAUGUACAGAAUUUUUAUUCAUCGGUUAUAUAUCUAUAAAUCUGGAAAAGAAAAAGAAAGUGGGAGGUGUGCUGGGCUUGCUUCCUGUCAGUGGUGCUCAAUCCAGACUUCACAUUAGAUUGAUAAGGCAUUUUGCCUAUGCGUGUUUUCUACCCCCUGACUAGAGAUUUCCCUUCCUAUCGUCAGUGUGGUGUGCAGCCUCAGUAGUACUUAACGUGCCCGAAGUGAUUGCAGUCUGGAUCCGUCUUUGAACAUCAGGACUCUGGGUCCCCCCGUUCCUGAGGGCUGAGAUCUGGGCUGAGGGUGAGGGCUCUGCUCUGCGUGGGGAUGGAUCAGGGCUGGUCUGUGACCUGAAGGGGAUCGUCGGGUCCUGCUGAGGUGCCCACUGCUGCUGGGUACGUGAGGGCCUCACCAGGAGGGGAGCGAGAUCUGAAGGAAAGUGUGGGAAAACUCACUUGUUGGACUCUGUAGGAGUUUAUUGCCCCAAAUCCCUCCUGGGACAGUGGGCAGCAGAGGACUGUCUGUUCCACAUGCUGAGGGCUUCCCUGUGUGUGUGCUGGUGACUCAGGAAGGGGGUGUGUUGAUUCUAAGCAUUAAGCAGCCUGUUUCCAGCUUUGAAGAUCGACCUCUAAAGACUCCUAUUGCUUGAGGAAGAAGCCCAGAAGAGGAAGGAGAGGAAAGAAAAGGAGUCAGAAAUGGCUCUUUCUCAGGGACCGUUAACAUUCAAGGAUGUGGCCAUAGAAUUCACUGAGGAGGAGUGGGAAUGCCUGGACCCUGCUCAGAGGGCCUUAUACAGGGACGUGAUGUUGGAGAACUACAGGAACCUGAUCUCCGUGGAUAUCUCUUACAUGCAUGUGAUCAAGAUAUUACAACUGAAAGCAAAUACUGAUAGAGGAGAAGUAUUCCAAACCGUGAUGUCAGAAAGACAUGAAAGGAAUGAAAUGAAACAUUUUUACCUCAGCGAUGUUCAAGAAAAUAUGUAUGACUUAGUGUCUCAGAAGAGAGAUGAGGAAAGUGAUUACAACCAAAUACCUAUAACCCAUAACGAAAAUCUCACUGAGAAGGGAGAUGAACAUGUUAGAAGUGUUGCAGGAAUCAAGCCUAUUGAAAAUAGGCUGGCAUUAAGCUUUUGGGUUGAACUGCAUAUAUUUAAAAGUGAAGAGAAGAUUGAUGAAUUUAUUCAAGUGGACAAGGAUAUCAGGAGUAGUGCCUCAUUUUCACCACUUGAAGGAACUUCUUCUAGUGUGCAAACCAACAUUUCUAGUACACAUGCGAGUGGUUUUAUGCGUCCUUCAGUAGUGACACAAGAACAGGAAGCACACAGGGAAGGAUCUUACAAAUGUAAUCUGUGUGGCAAAACCUUCCUUCAGGGAUCAUACCUCAAAAGACAUCAGAUCUUCCAUACAGGAGGGAAAGUACAUAAAUGUGAUGUAUGUGAAAAAGUCUUUACUCACAAUUCAUACCUUGCAAGUCAUCAGAGAACUCAUACUGGAGAGGAACCUUACAAAUGUAAUGAGUGUGGGAAAAUCUUUCAUUACAGCUCAGAACUUGGAAGACAUCAGUUUCUCCAUACAGAAGAGAAAUUACAUAAAUGUAAUGUAUGUGAAAAUGUCUUUAUUCGAAAUUCAUUCCUUGCAAGAUAUCGGAGAAAUCAUAAUGGGGAGAAACCUUAUAAAUGUAAUGAGUGUGGCAAAUUCUUUAAUCAAAAGGCAUACCUUAUAAAGCAUCAGAGAGUUCAUAAUGAAGAGAAGUCUUACAAAUGUAAUGUGUGUAGCAGGGUCUUCAAUCGAAAUUCAAAUCUUGAAAGUCAUCAGAGAAUUCAUACUGGAGAGAAACCUUACAAAUGUAAUGACUGUGGCAGGUUCUUUUCUCAAAAGCCAAACCUUGGAAAGCAUCAGAGAGUUCAUACUGGAGAGAAACCUUACAAAUGUAAUGAGUGUGGGAAAAUCUUUCAUUACAGCUCAAAACCUGGCAGACAUCAGUUUCUCCAUACAGAAGAGAAAUUACAUAAAUGUGAUGUGUGUGAAAAUGUCUUUCCUCAAAAUUCAUUACUUGCAAGAUAUCAGAGAAAUCAUACUGGGGAGAAACCUUAUAAAUGUAUUGAGUGUGGUAAGUUUUUUAGUCGAAAAGCACACCUUAAAAGUCAUAAGGGAACUCAUACUGGAGAGAAACCUUACAAGUGUAUUAAGUGUGGCAAGCUCUUUAGUCGAAAAAGUAACCUAACAAGACAUCAGAGAAUUCAUACGGGAGAGAAACCUUACAAGUGUAUCGGGUGUGAUAAGUUCUUUAGUCGAAAAGCACACCUUAUAAGACACCAGACAAUUCAUACUGGAGAGAAUCCUUACAAACGUGAUGAGUGUGCCAUGGUCUUUAGUGAAAAAUCACACCUUGUAAGUCAUCAAAAAAUUCAUACCGGAGAGAGCUGAUACAAAUGUAAUGAGUUUGGCAAAACCUUUUAUCACAUCUCAGCCCUCACUCAACACUGAGAAUCCAUACAGGACAGAAAUUAUAUUGGGUUGCCCAGAAGGUUCAGUUUUUUCCGUAAGGUGGCUCUAGGAGCACUUAGUUGUCUUUAACUUCAUUCAAACAAUUUUGUUAGAUUUUAUGUGACAGCUGUGAUAUCAGCGUGCAUUUUAAAAAAAGACAUAAAAAUUGGUGAAUUUUUGUGCAGCCAUUUUAAUAUUGAAGAUGGAAGGAAAAAAGCAACAAUUUUCAGCAUAUUACUCUUCAUUAUUUCAAGAAAGGUAAAAACACAACCGAAACGCAAAAAAAGAUUUGUGCAGUGUAUGGAGAAGAUGCUGUGACUGAUCGAACGUGUCAAAAGUGGUUUGCGAAAUUUCGUGCUGGAGAUUUCUCACUGGGUGAUGCUCCACGGUCAGGUAGACCAUUUGAAGUUGAUAGUGAUCAAAUUGAGACAUGAAUUGAGAACAAUCAACAGUAUACCACGUGGGAGAUAGCCGACAUACUCAAAAUAUCCAAAUCAAGCGUUGAAAAUCAUUUGCACCAGCUUGGUUAUAUGAAUUGCUUUGAUGCUUGGGUUCCACAUAAGUUAAGCGAAAAAAAAAACCUUGACCGUAUAUCUGCAUGCGAUUCUCUACUUAAACAUAAUAAAAAGUUCUGUUCUUAAAAUAAAUUGUGAUGGGUGAUGAAAAGUGGAUACUGGGGGCUUCCCUGGUGGCGCAGUGGUUGAGAGUCUGCCUGCCAAUGCAGGGGACACGGGUUCGUGCCCCGGUCCAGGAAGAUCCCACAUGCCGCGGAGCGGCUGGGCCCAUAAGCCAUGGCCGCUGAGCCUGCGCGUCUGGAGCCUGUGCUCUGCAAUGGGAGAGGCCACAACAGUGACAGGCCCGCCUACCGCAAAAAAAAAAAAAAAAAAUGGAUAC